UAUGUACAUGUUUUUUAAAUCUUUGACUUUAAUAUACAAGGUAAGAAAAAAUUAUCUUACAAUUAGCUAUUUCUUACUAAAUAUUAUCAAAAUUCUUUAAUAUGAAUUGUCUGUGAGUAACUAUCAUCUUGUUUUGUGUAUUCAACGGAAGCCAAAAAAUACUACAUUAUGAUUUUCUCAAUAUCUUAUUAAUUGGUUAUGUUUUUAUUUUAAAUAUCUUUAGAUAAGAAUAAAAGUACAAAUGUUUGUUACUUAUUAAGCUGAAUAUUGUUGGAAAGAAAAUUAAUUUUGUGGGAGUCAUUAGCGCAGUUUCAAAAUAAUAUUUGAAUCAUGCAGAUGUCAAUGUAUUGCACAAUUUUCUUCAUUUUUGUAACAUAUUUUAAUUGUAUUGAGACUGCUCAGUAUCGUAUUGUUAAUGGUAAAAAUGCCAAUAUAGAGGAUUUUCCAUAUCAACUUUCCCUGAGACGCCAAACUAUACACAUCUGCGGUGCCGCUAUACUUAACGGACAAUGGGCCAUAACAGCAGCCCAUUGUGUUCAUGGUAUAGAACAUAUACCCAGUUAUAUAACGCUACGCAUGGGCAGUCGUUGGCGUUCCCGUGAAGGUGUUAUUUUAACCGUUAAACAAAUACACUCUCAUCCCAGUUAUAAUCCAGACAAUAUGAAUUUUGAUGUAUCGUUGAUGCGAGUGCGAGAGAAUGCUUUCGAUCGUUAUGAUUUACCAGUUCGGUCGAUUAAACUACCACAAUUAUCCACAAAGAUAGAAGAUAAUGUAGCAGCAACUGUUUCAGGUUGGGGUUAUCAAAGUUCAGGGGAUCAUUUACUAUCGUCGGAACUGAAAUAUGCCAUCGUUUAUACGGUUAAUCAACAGAAAUGUCAUGAAAGUUUGUAUUCUCAUGGCGGUAUAACAAAUGCCAUGUUCUGUGCUGCUGCCCGUAAUACGGAUGCCUGUCAAGGAGACAGUGGUGGACCCAUUACAAUAAAUGGUAUACUCGUGGGCGUGGUGUCAUGGGGAGUUGGUUGUGCCGAUCCAUAUUAUCCUGGAGUUUAUACCCGAUUAGCCUAUGCACCAAUACGUUUCUGGAUCAAGUUAUUAACUAAAUUGUAAUACAUUUAUGUUUGUUGAAAUAUUUGUACAAUUUAAGAAAUAUUCAAAAUGAAAAAAAUACGAUUUUUUAUUUAUAAGUUACG